GAAAAUUUAAAAUGAUCAAUGUUUCAAAGUGUAGCAAAUGUUCAAAAGUUCCUGAUGAUAUAUUAAUGUUAACAUGUGCCCAUGACUUAUGUUUGGAUUGUGCUGCUAAAUCAUUUUCAAAUUAGUAAACCAAAAAGAAAAAUAAAGUAUUUCUGGUCAAAAUAUGUUCAAGUUUUUUGUAUGUGAUACCUGUUUAUCAAAUACAGAAUUAGAUUCUAAUAGUAUAUACGAAUUAGAGAAAAUACAUUGUGCAUUAACAUUUCAAGAUCGAUCAAAUCGCAAACCCGCUAUUGUCUAAAAAUCCAAUAUUAAUUCAGAAAAAUAAGUUAAAUCGAGGUCUUAAACUAGAUAAGAUAAUAAAGAGAAUUAAAAGGAAAAAACUAUAAAAUUUUCUAUAUAGAAUCCAGAAGUUAAAUCAACUGUUCAUAUAUCAUAACGCAAAAUGAGUAAGUAAUAAAGUGAAAAUUCAUUUAUACAACAUGCAAGAAGUUAAUGUAUUGAUCAUCCAGAUGAAGAUGUUUCUUAUUAUUGCUUUGAUUGUAAUAGUAAAUGUAUAUGUCCUGAAUGUAUAAUUCAUGGAAUUCAUAAGAAUCAUGAAGUUAAAACAAUUAAAAAAUCUUAUCCAUUGAUUAGAAAAUAAUUAGAACAGAAUAUUGAAUAACAUCAAUAAUUGAUGUUUUAAAUAGAAAAUUCAAGAAAAGAGUUAGAAAAAAAAUAAAUUCAAUAAUCUGCAAUUUAAGAUCAUAUGAGAUUGUAAAUAGCAUAAGAAUUUUAAGUAAUUUUUCAAUAAAUUAGGUUUUGCAUUAAUUAUUGAACUAAAAACAAAGCGAAUUAUUAGAAAAAGUAGAAAACUUUCCCUAAAUUACAGAUUAAUAAGAUAAUUAUAUUAAUAGAUUAAAUGAUACUGAAAUUAAGCUACAAAAGUAAAAUGACAAAAUUAGUCAAGUGA